AUGUCUCGUCUCCUCUCUGAACCUAUCAUCUCAGAUCCGGGCAGUACAGCCCUCGUAACGGACCUAUCGGUCUCCCCAACCCACAUCAUCGUCUCGCUAGAUAAUUCGGAAAUCUACGUCUACGAUACCCAAGGCAACAAGCAGCACGUUCUCACAGGCUCUGAAGGCGCCGUCUGGGCAACCGCGGUGCAGGGCGAUCUACUCGCCAGCGGAGGGACUGAAUCCGAUAUCCGAACAUGGAACUUAUCAACGGGGGAGCCCGGUCCCAUUCUGAAAGGCCAUACGUCCACUGUGCGCGUACUUCGCUUCCUCGACGACGCACAGACCCUGUUAUCAGCGUCCCGGGACGCGACGAUUCGGGUCUGGGAUACCCAGAGUGGAGAGUGCAAGAAGGUCUUGGACGGUCACUCCGGCACCAUUCGCUGUCUCGAGGCCUUCCCGCUAGGAAACGUCUUCCUGUCCGCCGGGGGUGACGGUGUCGCGUAUCUCUGGAGCGCCAGGGAUUUCUCGCCUCUGCACAAAUUGGAAGGACACGAGGGGGCCAUCUACUGCGCGGCAGUCGAUGCUCAGGGUGACAUGCUCGUCACCGGAGGGCAGGAUGAAACUGUCCGCAUCUGGCGGGCUGAUAGCGGGGAAUGUCUCGAAGUCCUGCAUGAGCCGGACGGUGUCGUUGGGAGAGCCCAGAUCCUGGAGAAUUCGACCUUGAUCACAGCGGAUUCGGCAGGCUUCGUGCACGUUUGGUCGCUGUAUACUCCUGCGCGUCUGAUCUCCAAAUUCAGGGCUCACGAGGACCCCGUAUCAGCAUUUGACGUUCGCGGAUCCAGCCUAGUGAGUGCCGGCGGUUCAAUUCUGCUGAGUGACAUUGAGAGCGGCAAAACUAUCGCCACAAUUGAUGAUACCGCGCACUCGGUGUGGAAGCUGGGUUUCAUCGAGGAGAAUAAAAUCGUGGCCUUGGUGGCUCGGGAUUCGAAGCCGAUGAUCGAGAUAUGGGAUGUCAGUCAGGAGGCAAAGAGCAGUGAAGGCUCAUAA